ACAGAGGUUUCAUUUUUCUUAGUAUAUGUUCUGUGGGGAAGCAGAGCUAAAUGCUUUCAUUGGUCGCUUGAGAUAUUACUUCGAUAUUACUUCAAUAAAUAAUUUUAUUAAAUUUUCACAUUGCAUCAUUUUCCUUUAUUACAUACUGCAUUUGUGAAAUACAAAUUUGUUGUCAUGAUAUCACAGAGUCUUGCAUCUUAUGGAGAAUUAGCUGGAAUAACUUGUAUACGCAACUGAGCUGGCAGUUUCAAAAGCCACGUGUUACAUAGUGUGCACCUUAUUAGUUGUUCUAUCAUAAGAUGAGAAGUUUGAGCCAAUCAGAUAAUACCUUACCGUAAUAAAAGGCGCUUGUCCGCUAGUUGAAGUCUUCCUCGGAAAACGUUAGUAUUGUAAAGCGGGAUACCAAAGAAAUUUUGAGUAUAAAAAGAAAUCACUGAAAGAAAAAAAUAUUUAAGACAAAAAUGUCUCAAAGAGGAGGAAGAGGAAGAGGUAGUCAUGGACGAGCAUCACAAAAGCAGACGAGUUCUAUGCACCAAGAACAACAGCUUCCACAUGCUCAGGCAUCAUCUAGCAGUGGGGCUGUUCGAAGACCAGGCCAAUCUGCCGUACAAUCAAGUACUGGACGUGGUGUAAUACAACGCGUUGGUGAAAAGGGUGAUAGUGCAGCAAUGGGACAGAUAGGAAGAGGCAUGGAAAGACUUGGAAUACAACCUACUGCUGGUGCCAGUGGGGAUGCUAGUACUAGUGCAACAGGUGCUAGUAGUGUAGCCGUUGUGUCAUCUGGAAGAGGUGCAGCACGUGGCAAAAGAAUUUUACCUCCAGAUAUCUUUGUAACAAAACCGAGUCAUGUAGAAAACAAAAAAGGUAUAUCUGGUAAAAAAUUAAUAUUACAAACAAAUUAUUUCAAACUGCUUAAGGCGACUGAUUGGGCUAUUUACCAAUAUCAUGUUGAUUUUGCACCUGAAGAAGAUCGUACAAUUGUACGUAAAGGUUUACUUAAACUACAUAAAGAAAGUAUUGGUGCAUAUAUCUUUGAUGGUACUGUAAUGUACACGAGUCGUCGAUUGCCCGAUCGAAUGGUAUUUACUUCAACUCGACAAUCAGACGAACAACAUAUAACAAUCACGGUUCGUAUUGUUGGGGAUAUGAUAGUGGGAGAUGCUCAUUAUAUCCAGUUCUUUAAUAUAAUUAUGAGAAAAUGUUACGAUCACCUGAAGUUAAAAUUGGUCGGCCGCAAUUAUUUCGAUCCUGUUAACAAAAUUGUUUUACCGGAAUGCAAAUUGGAAUUGUGGCCAGGAUAUUUAACAUCAAUUCGUCAACAUGAACGAGAUAUAUUAAUGUGUGCCGAAAUAACAAAUAAAGUUAUGCGGUUAGAAACUCUGGUAGAUAUUCUGCGUAACUGUUAUCAGGAAGAUAAGCAAAGAUACAGAGAAAAUUUUGCCAGUACUGUGAUUGGUAUGGUGGUUCUUACCGAUUAUAAUAAUAACACGUAUCGCAUCGAGGACAUAGAUUUUUCGACUACUCCUAGUGAUUCAUUUCCUAUGAAAAAUGGCACUACAAUAACAUACAUAGACUAUUACAGAAAAAAAUAUGGAAUUAAAAUUUCGGAUUCUAGACAACCAAUGCUCGUAACAAGAUCCAAAACAAGAGGUCGACAGGCCGUAGAGAUGGAUCGCGUUUAUUUAGUACCCGAAUUAUGUCGUGCAACAGGUUUAACUGACUCCAUGAGAGAGAAUUUUAGACUCAUGUCAAGUUUGGCCGCGGAAACACGGCUCAAUCCUGGAAAGCGUAUUGAGAAAUUAUUGAUGUUUAAUAAUAGACUUCGUGAAACACCUGCUAUCAUGCAGGAAUUGUCUGAAUGGAACUUGCAACUAGAUAACAAGUUGCUUGAAAUAUCUGGACGUGAAUUACCCGCUGAGAAAAUUUACUUCAGCGACAAUGUAUCUGUUACAGCUGAGGAAGGCGAUUGGACAAGAACAAUGCAAAAUAAGAAAUGUAUAAUUUCUCCAGUAUUACGUAAUUGGGUCCUCGUAGUAACAGAAAGAGAUAAGCAUGCUGUAUCGCCUUUUAUAACUUCUUUAAAUAAAGUUACAAAAGGUCUGUCAUUUCAUGUAGAGAAUCCAAAAAUACAUUCUAUCCGUGAUGAUAGACCAAGCACAUAUAACGAAACAUUGGAAUAUAUUUUAAGUAAACAAAUACCACAGUUGGUAUUUUGUGUGGUAUCUAACAAUCGUAGCGAUCGUUAUUCAGCAAUCAAAAAGAAAUGUUGUGUUGAUCGACCAGUGCCAUCACAAGUCUGCUUGUUGAAGACAAUCAUGCAUAAGAAUAUUAUGUCAAUAGCUACGAAAAUAGCAAUACAGAUGAGCUGUAAAUUAGGUGGAGCACCAUGGUUUGUAGAUAUUCCAUUAGACGGUUUAAUGAUGGUUGGAUUUGAUGUUUGUCAUGAUACAACAAUUAAAACCAAAGAUUUCGGCGCUACAGUAGCAACUAUGAAUAAACAAAUGACAAAAUACUUCAGCGCAGUAAAUGCACAUACAAACGGUGAGGAGUUAUCAAACGAACUCUGUGAUAACAUCCGCAAAGCUGCACAGUCAUAUUAUCAACAAAAUAAAUCUCUGCCAGCACGUAUUGUGAUUUACCGUGAUGGUGUUGGCGAGGGUCAAGUUUCACAAGUAUUUGAGCGCGAAGUCGUACAAAUAAGAAAAGCACUUGAUGGAAUGUAUGGUGGUCCAAAUAGAUACAAAAUGGCUUUCAUAAUCGUGACAAAACGAUUAAAUACGCGAUUCUUCCUCAAUAAAAAUAAUCCAUGUUCGGGUACAGUAGUUGAUGAUGUUAUAACGAGUCCAAUCAAAUACGAUUUCUUCAUUGUGUCACAGAAAGUACGACAAGGCACAAUAACACCUACUUCAUAUAGUGUCAUUUAUGAUACUCUCGGUUUAGAUCCCGACAAGAUACAACGUUUGACAUUCAAAUUGACUCAUAUGUAUUAUAAUUGUUCGACUACCGUCAGAGUACCAGCACCCUGCCAUUAUGCUCACAAACUUGCAUUCCUGGUGAGUAAAUUUAUUCAUCGGGAACCAAACACGCAACUGCAAAAUACAUUAUACUUUUUGUAA